GCAAGCAGGAAGAAAUGACGCUGAGCUUCGGCCUGACUUUCUUAAUGCAGAAACUGUAUUCCAUCUCGGACCCCAGAACCAGGGACAUGCCUGUCGUACUCAACCCUUUCUUCGUUUUUCCCAUGGUGGCAGCGUAUCUAUAUUUCGUCAAGGUUGCCGGUCCACGGUGGAUGAAGAAUAGGGAGCCAUUUCGCAUCAUCAACGUCAUACGCGUUUACAACGUCAUCAUGGUAGUCGUGAACUGCGUGUCCCUCGUCGUGCUUCUCAUCCCAACAUAUCUUCCAGGAGGAACGUACAGCCUAUGGUGCCAAGGAAUAUGGGGACGCUCGCCCGACGAGCAUCUCGAUUACUACAAGUACGCCUGGAUCUUUAUCGCAUGGCGCUACGCCGACCUCCUCGACACGGUGUUUUUUGUUCUGCGCAAGAAGUUCAACCAAGUGACUCACCUUCACGUCAUCCACCACACCAUCGUUGUGGUCAACAUUUGGUUCUACGGCCGAUUUGCGCCCGCAGGUCAGCCAGCGCUUGGCAUAGCGCUCAAUACUUUCGUGCAUAUAGUCAUGUAUGCGUACUACUUCCUCGCAAGCUUCGGUCCUCGAAUGCAAAAAUACCUGUGGUGGAAGAGGUACCUGACGACGCUUCAGAUAGUCCAGUUCAUCAUCAUCAUUGCGCACAUGUCCGUGCCUCUUUUCGUCGAGUGCGGAUUUCCAAGACAGGCUGUGUACAUCGCCAACACUCAGACAUUCCUGAUACUGUGCCUUUUCGUGAACUUCUACGUUCGAUCGUACACGCAUUACAAUAAGUCGGCAGCUCAAGGUGUAAAGCAAGUUAGUGAGGAGAAUGGAACAGCGUCGGCUGAGGACGCGAAGAGAAGGUGAAAUAUAAAGAGCGUGGAAUGCCAACCCGAAUGCAUAUAGCAGACCGGACACGCUCCGUGAAGGUUUUAGGCUUUUCAAAGUCAUCCGAGAGUUCACUCGCACUGUUCUGUGGAAAAUUGUAAGACCAAAGCAAUCCAAAAGGAAUCAACAAAUAAAAAGAGCACUAUUGCGUAAUUUCUUUCAGUCGAGGGCAACCCCAAUAAGUGUGGUAUCGAAACAGGAAGGCAGGCAGGCUGAAAUAAGAGCGAACAUGGAUAUGUCCUGCAUCAGAAUAGAAAUCUGGGCUCGCUGCUACCAUACAAUGGGCGUGUCCUCCCCGUGUACACACUGUGACGCACGCUGAAGGUAAUUUCCCUGGUCGUUUAAAAUACGCCUGAAAUUGGCAAUCCACGCUCCUGGAC